GCGGGACUCCAGGCUCUCACUUCCCCAGCUGCUGACGUCAGCUGGCAGCCUGGGCUGUGCUCGCCGCUCCGGACAUAGCGCCGAGGAAAAUGCUGCUCUCCGUACCGCCAAGGGCAGGAAUCAACCCCUACAACGGCUAUAACAGCAGAAACAGCAAAAAGCAGGCCUAUGUGUCCUCCGGCCACCAGAUGGCGCCCCCCAGUCCCAACACCAACAGUAGUAGCAACAGCAGUGGCGGGGCAGGGGAACAGCUGAGUAAAACGAACCUGUACAUCCGCGGCCUCCAUCCGGGAACCACGGACCAAGACCUGGUCAAGCUCUGCCAGCCGUACGGCAAAAUUGUAUCGACCAAGGCCAUCUUGGAUAAAACCACCAACAAAUGUAAAGGUUAUGGCUUUGUGGACUUUGACAGUCCAGCAGCAGCACAGAAAGCUGUUACAGCUCUGAAAUCCAGCGGGGUCCAGGCUCAAAUGGCCAAACAACAGGAGCAGGACCCCACCAAUCUCUACAUCUCCAACCUGCCAGUGUCUAUGGAUGAGCAGGAGCUGGAGAGCAUGCUCAAGUCCUUUGGCCAGGUCAUUUCCACACGCAUCCUCCGAGAUGCCAACGGGACCAGCCGUGGUGUUGGAUUUGCCAGAAUGGAGUCCACAGAGAAGUGCGAGGCCAUAAUUCAGCAUUUCAAUGGCAAAUUCAUCAAGACUCCACCAGGAGUGCCUGUGCCCACAGAGCCCUUAUUAUGUAAGUUUGCAGACGGAGGUCAGAAGAAGAGGCAGAACCAGGGGAAGUACCUCCAAAAUGGAAGGCCCUGGGCUAGAGACGGAGACACGGGAGGAAUGACGCUUGCGUAUGACCCCACAGCUUUACAAAAUGGCAGCUUCUACUCCUCACCUUACAGUCUGGCUCCAAACCGAAUGAUUGCUCAGACUUCUCUGUCGCCCUACAUUCAUUCUCCUGUCUCAUCCUACCAGGUACAUAGCCCGUCCUGGAUGCACCAUCAGUCAUACCUCAUGCAGCCAGCUGGUACAGUUCUUACCCCAACAAUGGAUCAUGCCAUGUCCAUCCAGCCCACGUCCAUGAUGGGACCUCUCACCCAGCAAUUAAGCCACCUGUCCCUGGGCAGCACGGGCACAUAUAUUCCGGCCAACACAACUAUGCAGGGGACCUACAUCCCCCAGUACACCCCAGUGCCUCCCUCCAAUGUCCCAGUAGAGGAGAAUGGUGGUCAGCAGCAACAGGUUGCCAUGGAGACUCCCGCAGAACACACAAACUACUCAUACCAACACACAAAGUGAAGCUAAGCUCCCAGCAGGGUGGGGCUGAGGGCACGAAAUGAAUCCAGCCAAACAGGAUUCACAUGGAAGAGAUCUGUGCUCCAUACCAUCACUAAGCACCUGGACUUGAACAUGGAUGACAAAAGGAACAUGUGUGUGAUUGUGAGCGUGUUUGUUUGUAUGCGUGUGAGUGUGUAUGUCUGUUUAGUUUUUUUUUCUUUUUUUUAAGACAAAGGACAACACUUAACGUCAUUGGACUUUUCUGCUCACAUCCUCAAGAGUUGAUCAACCAAAGGUGGGAAUCUUCUUCAGAGAAGCUUUGAUCUAUUUUGAUAACUGAAAAAGGAACAUAACAAAGAAGCUUAAAAAAAACUAAAAAAAAAAAAAAAAACGUAGGAGGGGAGGAAAAGACACAGAGCAUUAUUUUUGUGCACGUAAUAUAACAAAUCCUUAUUUUUAACAGAGCAUUCUGGAUGUUUCAGAGUGAUUCAAGGAAGAGUUGAAACACAAUGUGUCUUUUAUUUUUUUGUAAAAUAUGCAAACUUUUAUUUUUAUUUCCUGAUGUCUGUUGUUUGACAUUCUAUUUGCAGCAGCGGGGGCAACAAUUUGUACAGAUUUAAAACAGUACAAACACUUUUGCUGGUCUGAUGUGUCGAGUCAUUCUAACCAUGGGAGGUCAACCAUUAAAAGCUACUUCUUCCUGUAACUGCUGCAGAGAUUUCUAUUCAUGCACAGAUGAUGAUAGCAUUGACUGUUUAUAGUUUAGUCAAAUUAAGUUUUUUUUUAACUUUAAAAUCAUCCUUUCAUACGUGAACAAAAGACAAUCAAUUAUUUAUAUUUAUAUUUGAAUUAGAGUUCUAUUUUUUAGACUUUUUAGGUCAUUGAAGCAUACAUUUAUAGAAAACACCUUAUUUAAUACUGUAGCCUAUAAAGGCAAGAUGAAAUAGACAUUAGGAUCUUACCCCACGCAUUAUUGAGCCUUAAUAUUUGGCUCGUGAAAAUUACUUUUUUUUGAUGGUUGGAUGACUUUAAAUUCACUUCAAAUCCUGUAUUCACCAUCUGAAAAAAAAAACAUUGAACGAUACUUGUUCAUUCUAAUGCUGCAUUCGAUUGCAACUGGGAGUUUUUUGACAUUCGUCAAAGAAAACGCCACCAAAAGUUAAUUUUCAUAUAUGGUAACUUGGAUUGUGGGUUUCUCACCUCCAGGAACUUUCCACCCAAAAUAAGAACAUCUUACGUGCUUUUAAUGAGUUUAACUGAAAAAAAGUUCAUUAAAUCUGUUGACAUGCAUCAAUAUUGUUACAGUUCACUAAAGCCUUCACUAUUUGCUGAAGUCAACACAGUUAACUUUAGCAUUAGCGUUGUACAUUUGUCUAGGCAGUUUAAUAAAUGGCUGCAUUUUAAAUAAAUAGGACACUAAAAUCUGAAUAUUUUAGCUGCUGAAGCUGACCACAAAAAGAAAACCUAAAGGUCCCCCCUCAUUCCACCUCGAUGUGGUUUCAAAUUCCUGCUUCACACUUCCAGGGUACAUCGAAUGCAGCACUAUAGUCCUCCUGUUGUUUUAAUGCGACUCCAUGUUAAAUCCUCGUCUGUGAGAAGUGGUUUUAAGCGGUUUUGUUGUGGCAAACCAUCAGGUAUCAUUAAUUUUAUCCUCCGUCAAAGAGAUGAACAUGUUUUAGAAACGAGCAGUUAGAUUACUGAGAGAUUUGUGUACAAAGAACAAUGCAGUUACUAAAUUAAGAUAUAGUUUAGCAAAAAUCAAAUGGAAGACUAACAAAAUCCCUGAGAAUAAUUUGUCUGAUAGGAAAGGGAGCUGUAGUCUUUUUCAAUGCUGCUGUCACCUGAGUUUUCUCUGUCAGUGAUUUUUUUUAGUUUGUAGAAAAUUGUCUCCUGUUUUUUUUUCUUUUGUCUGUCACUUGAAAUCUUUGAGCUAAUUUGCCUUAUUUUUGAUGAAUUAAUCUUAGAAGUAGAUUAGAGUUUAGCUGUAGAUUUUAGCUUUUUAUAGAAUAGAUGUUAGUUUUUCUCUGCAUAGGGAAUGAUACUGUUUUCUUGUGCACAUUGAGUUUUCUCUUGUUUUCUUUUCACAUGAAUUUCCGUUCCAAACCUUGCUUCGUCUGUCCUGACAUUGUGUCUGGCCUGUUUGUAGGAAGCCUUUCAGAAUGGAGAGCUGAACCAAACAAUUAGUUUAUCUAGUGCUGAUUCUAAAGAUUCAUACUGAUGCUGCGUCGGUGUUGCGGAUCAAACAAGCUUAAGUACAGAAAAACUUGGAUAUGUUUCAUAUUUUGUCAGUCAGCACAUCAAGUGGAGCUCAUGCACCAUCCAAAUAUGUUGAACUUUAAUUUAUACAGGCAUCAAAAACUGUAGAUAUGUAGAUAAUAGAAAUAAUGGUUUUACAAAGGACUGCUCACUAGACCAUGGAAGUGCCAUUAAAGACAAUUCUUACAGCCUUUAGUGAGACAGCAAGUCUGAAUGAAUUUGUGAGUGAUCCAAAAUUCUGCAAAAACAAUUUUUAGCUAAGCCUUAAUGUUUUUCUCUCUGGAUGAACUGCCUGAUUUCUCAUAGGACAUUGAUUUGUAUAUACUGCGGAAAUGACAGCAGGCUUCUUUGAGCGCCAUCGAGUUGGUCGUCGUCUCAAGUUAGCUGUAGGGUUCCGAGGAGCUUUUCUUCCUGCUCCUCGACCAUCCAUGUUUGAAUCCAGUGAAAAGCAGAGCGCGAUAACGUCUUUCUUGAGGCUCACACUUUGAUGCUUCUGUCUCUGACUCGUCACUUCCUCACGUUGGCUUUUUUGCUGCGUGUUUCUGUCGUACAUUUCUGCAACCAAAGAUGUUGUAGCCACUCACCGUUUAGCUCUCUGUCUCGGAUAAACUGCUCUCCUCAUCUGCUGUCUGUAGCUGGAUAAGAUGCCUUUUUAUUCGUUCUGAUAGACUCAGAAAGAGAAAAGGCUGCAAUAAAGGUGUUAGCAUGCACCCAUCGUUCCACGUUAUGACUACAAUAUAAAGUUUAUUGGCUCUGUCACAUAAAGGACGUGCAUCGGAAUAUUUCAACUCAUUUUCAUUAAUACAUAAAUAAAUGUGUUAGUGGAGUGUUGAACUUUCUUGACCUCAGCAGACAUCCGGGAGGAACACAGAGCUCGACUUUUGUAAUGUUGUCAAACAUGAGUUUUCAGACACGAGAGCUAAUUUUGUAAAUAGUCUUUCUUUCCUUCCACUUGCUCUUUUCACCAUUUUGUUUGUUUCUUCUCGCGUGUUUUCUUGUUUGUUUUUUUUAAUGAUUCAUAACCUGUCCAGAUAACACAGUGACUAGCAAGUUUUCAGAUUCAGUGCACCAUGAAGGAAAAUGUUCAGAGAAAUGAUAUUCCAUGUAUUAGCCAUCACUUUUAAUACAAAAACAAGAUUUUGAAACUAUGAAAUGACUUGUUACAAUGCAGUGUUUAUUUAUUUAAAUUUUUUUUACAACAAUAAUGAUAUUACAGGAAAUCAUUUUGCUCUGAGAUGAAUUGAUGUUUAAAAUGACAUGACAGUUCUAGGACUACUAAAAUCAGUGGUGAACUCCACCAAUAGCACACAGCAUUUGAAAGAAAACGAACCUCAUUGCACUUAUUUUUAGUCCGCAUCAAUUUGUGUGCUAUUUUUGUCCAUCCUAUUGGCAAUUGGAUGACUUAUUUCAUAGUUUCAAAAUGUUUUGCUGCUAAAACAGGAUUUCCAAACAGGUGGUUAGAUGUUGUCCAUUCUGGAUUUUCAAAAUCUCGACUUUAAUUUUAUUUUGGUUGAUACCAGUGCACCAAUUAUCUAAUGAUAUUAAUACAUAGUAAAGAGUUUUCUGUUAUUUUGAUAAUGAGCAGUUUAAAGUUUAAAUUUCAAAUCGCUAUAGCUCAGAAAUGUAAUCUUAAGGAGACAUUUCUGAACAGAAAAUACUAAAAACACGUCUCGCUGCUCAACACUGUAUGAACCAAGUUUGUGUGAAUCACAAGCAUUUUGAAAAUCCAACGGGCUCAUCUCACUGCCUGCUUGCGAACGGUUUUCUUAUUUAUACAAGAACUCAUUUUGUACAGUUUUGUUAGAGGAAAGAGGUUUUGAUAUUUGGUUUUUUUGCAAAUGCCACUUGGCUACUUUUGUCUUCCUGUGCCAGAGUUGCUAAAUUGUCUGUAACUUGUGUUUUUUUUUUAUUGAUUGAAAUAAGAUUUGACUUCUUCCUUGGUUUUCUCUUUGAAUUUGAAUAUGUCAGUUUUUCUUUUUUUAAUAAAAGCCUUGUUUCAA